CCUGCAGGAAGACCAGAAGAUCACAAAGCGCUGCAAACAUGAAGGUUUCAUUUGCUUGGUGUCACUUUGCAUGCCUUGCUCUUUCAGUGAUCAAAGCAGGUGACAGCACAGAAAUCAUUGGUGGUCAAGAAGUUGUGCCGCAUUCAAGACCCUACAUGGUUUUAAUACAAAUAAACGAGUCAGAAAAGAAAACAAUAUGUGGAGGAACAUUGAUUAAACCCAACUGGGUGUUAACUGCUGCACAUUGUAAAGGAGACAAAAUGGAAGUAAUACUUGGAGCCCAUUCAGAAACAGAACAUGAGGAUACAAAACAAAAUUUCACAGUGAAGAAAGCUUGUCCUCAUCCACAUUACAACAGUACUAGAAAUAUGCGUGACAUUAUGCUACUUCAGCUUGUAGGUAAAGCAAAGCUGAAUAAGUUUGUCUCUAUUCAUAAGCUGCCAAAAUCAUAUGAAGAUGUGAAGGCUGGAACAAAAUGCAGCGUGGCUGGAUGGGGAACAAUGGACAACACUAAAAGAGAAACAUCUGAUGUGCUCAGAGAAGUGAAUGUUACAAUAAUUGACAGAAGAGUUUGCAACCGUGCUGAUUACUACGGUUCAAAAUUUACAAUAACUAUGGACAUGCUCUGUGCAGGAGAUCCAAAUGGUCAUAAAGAUUCAUGUGAUGGGGACUCAGGUGGACCACUGAUAUGUGAUGGUGAACUGAAAGGUAUUACAUCUUUUGGAGCUAAAGGUAAAUGUGGUGCACCAAAGAAACCUGGAGUCUAUACAAGCCUUUCAAAAAAGUUCUUGGAGUGGAUUGCUCAAACCAUUAAACAAACAGUAUAAUACAAUGGAUAAUUUAACUUUUUAAGUACAAAAUAUAAUGGUAGUGAGUCACUAUGUAUGUAACACACUUAGUAAUGGACUGAAAAUAUCUAUCUUAGCCUCGCAUUCUAACCACUAUUAGGAAGAAAACUCAAUCAUUUCUUUGCAUCGUAUGCAUUUGUUCUAUUCUGUCAACAUUUUUUUUCUUUUUACAAUAAACAAACUAAUGUCUGAUAACAGGACUCCAGAUUAACUCAAAGCUCUAUGGCACUUUGAUUACUCUGAAGGUUGUGUGUAUGGUUAAGUAAUCUUAAAGUCUUUGUGCCAUAUUAUAGGGACACUAAAAGCAUUUUCUUACAUGGGUAUACAUUUUAGGAAAAAACGUAGGCUACAUAAGCCACUAGGAAUGAUGUUUGUUUAUAAAAAUGUAUACUCGUUAUUUCACUGGUUGCCACAACACCUCUAAGUUUCACUUUCAUUUUAUUCUCAAAUUAGUCUGUAUUUGUGUCUUCCAUAUUCUCCAGCAUGCAUGGUCCGCUUUAGUCUGCAUAUUUCCAGUGUGAUCAUGAAUUUAAACAUUAAAUGUCACUAAACAGAUUAGAUAUUGCUCAUGAUUUUUUUUUUUUUAAAU